ACCGCUAUUCUGGGAUCCGGUCAAGUGCGGCCUUAUAAAAAGCAGCGUGAACGCAGCACAAAGAACAUAGAUUUCAAGGUGAAGGGAGCUGAAUGGACCGCGGACACAUUUGGAUGUAGAUUUGUGCCACACAAAGUCCACCGUAGUAGGUGAAACUGUGAUAAACUUUGUUUUGCAACACACUACCGGCUUCUUUGGGAGACACCACGCUGACGACUGGCAGGAUCGCUGCCUCUGGGUGGACCUGGACGCUUCUGAGGACUUGUGCUGCUGCAGACACAACUGGCAAAGUGCAACUGAGGAAUGCUGUGACAUCGCUGCUGACAGCCUUCCUCUGCUUCCCAAAGCGGCAUCUUAUAGCUGUCUAGAGUUACGCAUCAGCCACUUUUAGACCACAAUAUGAAGACAUCAGGCCUGCUCAUCGCUUGCUCUUUUCUGAUCUCUGAAUGCCUGGGGAUGCCGCAAUUCCCUGAACAAGAGAAAAAUCCCAAGUUCUGGAAUGACUGGGCUCAGAAGACCUUGAAGGAUUCAUUGGAACAGGAUUUCAGUAAUAAGAAAGCAAAGAAUCUUAUCCUCUUCCUCGGAGAUGGAAUGGGCGUCCCCACAGUGACGGCAGCUCGGAUACUGAAGGGUCAGUUGAGUGGACAAAGCGGCGAAGAGAUGCAGCUGGAGAUGGACAAGUUCCCUUUUGUCUCUUUGGCCAAGACAUACAACACUGAUGCUCAGGUUCCAGACAGUGCGGGCACAGCCACAGCUUACCUCUGCGGGGUUAAGGCUAAUGAGGGCACUGUUGGUGUGAGUGCAGCAGCAGUUCGCUCCCAGUGUAACACCACAAAGGGCAACGAGGUCACCUCCAUCCUCAGAUGGGCGAAGGAUGCAAAAAAGUCAGUGGGAAUUGUGACAACAACACGAGUGAACCACGCGACGCCGAGUGCCGCCUACGCCCACUCCGUGGACAGAGACUGGUACUCUGACAACGAGAUGCCAGAUGAAGCACUGCAGUCCGGCUGCAAGGAUAUCGCCAGGCAGCUGUUUGAAAACAUUCCCUACAUUAAUGUGAUUAUGGGUGGAGGAAGGAAAUAUAUGUUCCCUAAAAACAUGUCGGAUGUAGAAUAUCCAGAUAUAACAAAGCAUAGCGGCACACGGAAGGACAAAAGAAACCUGGUGGAGGAAUGGAAAAACAGAAUGAAGGAUGAAAAGGCCCAUUAUGUAUGGAACAAGGAGCAGCUCAAAUCUCUGAAUCCAAAAAAUGUGGAUUACCUGCUGGGUCUUUUUGAACCUUCAGAUAUGCCUUACGACUUGGACAGGAACAUCGAUACUGAUCCUUCACUGACAGAAAUGGUGGAGGUAGCCAUCAAGAUCCUACAGAAUAACCCCAAUGGAUUUUACCUCCUUGUAGAGGGAGGACGCAUUGACCACGGACACCAUGAGGGCAAGGCCAAGCAGGCCUUGCAUGAAGCUGUAGAAAUGGACAGAGCCAUCGGACUUGCAGGUCGCUUGACCAGCAUUCAUGAUACCCUGAGUGUUGUUACUGCAGACCAUUCUCAUGUUUUCAGCUUUGGAGGCUACACACCGAGAGGAAACACAAUAUUUGGUCUGGCCCCCAAGACAAGUGAUGUCGAUCACAAGUCUUAUACCUCCAUUUUGUAUGGAAACGGACCUGGUUACAAACUUAUCAAAGGUGAAAGAGAAAAUGCUUCUGUUGCUAAAUAUGAUGAAAAGAACUACCAGGCCCAGGCAGCUGUGCCUCUGAGCUCGGAGACUCAUGGAGGAGAAGACGUGGCUGUCUUUGCCAAGGGUCCCAUGGCUCACCUGCUGCAUGGGGUGCAAGAGCAGAACUACAUCCCCCAUGUAAUGGCGUAUGCGGCUUGUAUUGGCCAGAACAAGAAUUCCUGUGUGUUGAAGGAUGGAGCAGUGGGCUUAACGCCAAUGUUCUCCAGCAUUGCAACCAUUCUCACAAUCACCUGGCUGCUGUGCUGACCCUCCUCAGACACUUUGACCUGUUAAUGUCGUUCUUAAUCAGGUUCACAUUUAAGGUUUUAGCAUUUGUGUUUUUCAUUUUGCAAUGUCUCUUUGUAAUAUUUUUGUAAUGCGAUUGUUUUCACAUAAUUAACCAGCAAAAUCACAUUCUAUUGUCCAGCAAUUUAAAAAAGCGCCUGCCCCCCAUUAUUUUGUAAUUUUUCAAAUAUUUUUUUUUUUAAACCAAAACACUAGUACAGUGUCUUCAGUUCAGGGAAGAAGGCAAGUAGAUAAGAAAGAUUGCUGAACCAGAUAGUCUUAGGAUGCAGUGAGAGGGAUUUGAGGGAUUUGUCAGCCAACUUUCAGAAAAAUAAAAUAUGUGAAAUUACAGGGAAAAAUGUCACCCUGUUUCUCACCUUCCUGCCACACAACAAGAAAAAAUACAUGCAUUCUAUUGAAAAUCUUAAAGGGGAUGUAUAAUGCAAAAAUCAUAUUUUGCACAUUUUUGUACUUCCAUUUGGGUCUCUACUGCUUCCAAAAACAGCACAACAAAACCAUUUUCUGGCAAUAAGUCAAUGUUUUUUGGUGUUUAUAAAAUGAAGAGUUUCAAAAUUCUCCAGAAUGUAAUGUCACAAAUUAUCUGGCAACUGCUCCUCACCUCGCAAAUUCAUGUACAAUUGCAAAUGUUGCAUUGAAGGUGGCUUGGCCAGCAGCAGCUUAUCUGGAUUUAAAGUGACACCAGGUCUGACAGCAGCUCAUUCUCAGAAGAGCAUAAAAAUGGCUAUACAUGUUUUGUAUAGCCAUACUUAUCCUAUCUUGGUCAGAAAGUGUAAUAUAUCACCUUCAAAAAAGCUUUUAUUUUUAUUGAUUCUAAUUAUUUUACACUGUGCAGUUACUUAAAACUCGACAAGUUUAAUUCAAAAAUAUUCUGACCAAUAAAAAAAUUUUUAUUACAGAAAUAUGGGUGUGAUAAAACGUAUGUUUAUUAUCUGCUUCAA